AAGUAGUACCCAGAAAAAAUGAAAAGGACAAUCUCACAUGACCCAAAAUUAACCGCAUCCUCCAUUCCCCCCGCUACGUACAAACUUUCUCUUUCCACUACUCUUGAAACAAUAAGCAAAAUGGAGGAAAUAAUGAGGGUUCACGGUUUCUUGGUCAAAGAAGAAGGCACCGACCCUUGUUCUGUCUACUCAUCAUCAUAUCUGGGAGGACAUUAAUCUUUACAUCAAGAAACAAGUUUUUGCAGGUGAGCUUCUAAAAAUACCUAUUUCCACCAAUUGUAAUUUUGUUUGCUCUAGGGUUAAUUAAAAUCAUGGAGUUUGUGCGGGAACAAAAAGGGUUUUCUGACAAACAAGAAGAAGAAGAAGAAGAAGAAGAAGAAGAAGAUCAUCAGCUCCAUCUUCUUCCUUGCUCUUAUUCUUCUUCUUCUUCCGAUAAGUACUCCCAAGGCUUUCUUCCUCCCACCCAGAUGUUGUUCAGAUCCCAUGAUCAAGCAGCUGCACCAGCAGAAGCUCUCGAUUUCAACGGCAACCUACAGCUCAUGGAUUUCUCGCUACCAAAUAUUAAUGCUUAUAAUUAUGAUGAAGCUGGCGGCGCUGCUGUGGUUGUUGAUCAGAGAGAGCAUAUGUUUGAUAAGGUUGUGACUCCGAGUGAUGUAGGGAAGCUCAACCGCCUCGUCAUCCCGAAGCAGCACGCUGAGAAGUACUUCCCCCUUGCCUCCUCCAGCUCCUCCUCCUCGUCGGCCGCGGCCACCGAGAAUGGGCUGCUGCUGACCUUCGAAGAUCGCAAUGGCAAGUCAUGGCGGUUCAGAUACUCUUACUGGAACAGCAGCCAGAGCUAUGUGAUGACCAAAGGGUGGAGCCGCUUCGUCAAGGAGAAGAAGCUCGACGCCGGCGACAUCGUCUCGUUUGAGCGCGGCGUCGGGGAGUUCGGUAAAAACCGUUUGUACAUCGACUGGAGGCGCCGGCCAAUCGAUGCACUGAAUCCCAUAUUGAAGCUGCCAAAUCAGCCACCGUUUCCUCGAUGGGCUACCAGACUCUAUUCCCUGCCCCCCUCUUCUGUGUCGAUGUCUGUGUCGGUGCCACGACACCACCCCCAUCAUCCUAAUUAUCAUCAUCCUUAUUAUCAUCAUCAUCCAACGGCCCCACAUGAUCGAAUUGUAGCAGUUCCACAAUUAGCCCAUCAAGAUGAUCAUGACCACCAUGUUCCCGCCGUCCACCGUGGCAAAACGGUUGCCAAACGCCUCAGGCUAUUCGGUGUAAACAUGGAAUGUAGCAUACCAGAAGAGCCAGAUGUCAAAACGGCACCGCUCUCGCCUUAUUUCCCUCCUCCCCAAUUAAGGCUACGCAACAACAACAACACCGCCGCCACCGCACUGCCGACAAUUCCAACCGACUUUUCAAAGAAAGGAAAAAGUUCAUUUGACUUUCCCUGAUCAGUGCAAUAUUCAGAGAGAAAGAAAGAAGGAACACAGUGAAUCACGAGGCUUGCAUUUCUCGACCCAUGUAAUUUGCUUGGAGAUCAUUGAAUCUAGAAAAAACAAAAAAGAAGGAUUAAUUGAAAGAGAUUGGAGAUAAUCAUCUGAAGCUUCCAUUUUUCAGCUGUAAAGUUGAAAUCUUUCAAUUGGGUAUUAUACAAAAUACAAAAAUAUCAAUCCAAUUAAGCAUCUUCCUAUAUAUAUUUGUUAGGGUUAUAUAUAUAUAUAUAUAUAACCAGUGUCUCUCUUUUUCUCUUUGUUGUUUGUAUAAUACUAUUCCUGGUUUAAUGCUCUUGCUGUUGCCGCUGCUGCUUAGUUAGGCACGCUUUGCAGUGAUGCGCCGAAAGUCGUUGCAGCAGUACUGUAGAAAGAUAGCUGCAUUGUUAUAUAUCUAGCUAGCUUGGGGGACGUCUAUAUAUAUGGGCACAAAAGAUCCUUCAUAUUGAAAUAAAAGUGUGGAUUUUCCUCAAAUAAUGUAAGGCUCGUAUCCUGAGACUUCAGUACUGGUACUCUAUCUAUUAGAAUUUGGCAAGAGUUUAUUAUAUAUCUUUCAAAAUCCAA